AUGCCGCCGGCGACAAGCACGCGGCCGCAGUUGCGCCGUCCGGUGCCGUUGCUGACGACGGUCGUUUCCGUGGCGUUCCUGUCACUCCUGUGCUUCCUUGUCGCUGCUGAUGCAAGCAGAUCGCUGCACUACCACCGGAAGCAUAGGAGGAGGCAUCACCACGGGCACCACCGCGCGGAGAACUACAGCCACAUCUGCAUGCCCCCUGUAGCGCCCCCUCCUGACGUUGAUGGCGAUUCUCCGGUCGAAUCGUCGGCAUUGCCUCCGGACGUUGGCGGCGCGCUGCCGCCGUGGUCCUGCCACGACAAGCCGUGCCCGCUUCCGCGUAGCCCGUUAAAGGCACCGGCAGGCGCGCCAAGUACGACGCCCACUUCAUCAGCCAAGCCUUCCCCUUUCUCCUUGGCCAAUCCGCCGUCGCCCGCGCCAGCCACUGCACCAUCUCAUUCUCCUCCGAAUCCACUGUCGUCGCACCACCCGGUUCAGCCGCCCACACUUCCUCCCGCCAAGACGCCGUCCUUGUCCCCGUCCAAGCCACCGGCUUCUUCAUUGGCCAAGCCACCGUCGCCGGCGCCGGCGCCGGACAUCGUACCAUCUCAUUCUCAUGCCAAGCCGCCGCGCGUGCUUCCAGACGCCAAGCCACCGUCGUCGUAUGCGGCCAGGCCACCGUCACAGCCACCAAAAAGGGCGCUGGCACCAUCGCCGUUCUCCCCUUCCAAGCCACCGUCGUGGUCACCCUCUCAUGCCAAACCGCCACCGUGUACUCUGGCUAAGCCACCGCAGGCCCAGACACCAAGACUCGGCCCUGCCAAGCCACCAAUGCGAUCGCCAGCCCAUCCACCGAAGGUGUCCCCAGCAAGUGCACCGGCGCACCCACCGGCCGAGCCGCCAAAGACAGCUCCUGCCAGGGCGCCGGGUUUCUCUUUCUCCCAUGCCAAGCCACAGCCACCAGUGGCUUCGACGGUGAAGCCACCACGACUCGCCCCGGCCAAGCCUCCAGCGCCAUCGCCAUCGCCAGCCCAGCCACCGCGGUGUUCCACCGCAAAUCCGCCAGUAGCUCCUACUGUGUCAGCGAAGCCACCGGCGCACCCUCCUGCCGCGUCAAAGUCAAUUCCGCCGCCGCCCCCGCCGCUCCCACCACCACCGGCAUCCACGAACAGCUCAUCAUCGUGGGGCAACGUGUUCGACGUGAGGGCGUUCGGGGGGUCGGGCAACGGCUCAGGAAACGACACGCGCGCGUUCCGCGCGGCGUGGAAGGCGGCGUGCUCGUCCAACUCCACCACGGCCACGCUUCUGGUGCCAUCGGACGGCGUGUUCACCAUCAGCUCCACCAUCUUCGCCGGGCCGUGCAAGUCCGCUCUGACCUUCCAGAUCGACGGCGUGCUGAUGCCGCCGGACGGGCCGGCGAGCUGGCCGGCGUCUGACAGCCGGAAACAGUGGAUAGUUUUCUACAAGGCCGACGGCAUGACGCUGGCGGGGGAAGGCACCAUCGAAGGCAACGGGGAGGAGUGGUGGGACCUCCCGUGCAAGCCUCACCGGGGCCCCAACGGAUCGACGCUGCCCGGGCCAUGCGACAGCCCUGCACUGCUACGAUUCUUCUUGAGCAACGACGUGGCGGUCCGCGGCCUGCGAAUCGAGAACAGCCCGCAGUUCCACCUCAAGUUCGACGACUGCGAGCGGGUGCGCGUCGACGGCCUCUUCGUCAGCUCGCCGGCGUUCAGCCCCAACACGGACGGCGUCCACGUCGAGAACACCACGUCUUUCCAGAUCCUCAACUCCAGGAUCUACAACGGCGACGACUGUGUCUCCAUCGGCGCCGGCUGCUCCGACGUCCACAUCGAGAACAUAACAUGCGGCCACGGCCAUGGCAUAAGCAUCGGCAGCCUGGGCGUGCACAACACGCGCGCCUGCGUGUCCAACAUCACGGUCCGGAACGCGCGGAUCCUCGACUCCGACAACGGCGUCCGGAUCAAGACCUGGCAGGGCGGCACAGGCGCGGUGUCGGCGGUCGAGUUCGCCGGCGUGCAGAUGCAGAACGUAAAGAACUGCAUCGUCAUCGACCAGUACUACUGCCUCGGAAGCGGGUGCGCCAACCAGACCUCCGCGGUGCGCGUGGCCGGCGUCACGUACCGGGACAUCCGCGGCACGUACAACCCGCAGGCCGGCGCGCCCAUCCGCCUCGCGUGCAGCGACGCCGUCGCCUGCACGGACAUCACCAUGUCCGGCGUCGAGCUGCUGCCGGCCAGCGGCGGAGUAGGAGGACGCGCAGGAGCGCUGCUUGCGGACCCCUACUGCUGGAACGCGUACGGGGUGAUGGAGACGCUCACGCUGCCUCCUGUGUACUGCUUGCAGGAAGGCCGCCCGGAGUCUCUGCAAGAUCAGCUCACCGGUUGCUGA